AUGCCGCUGUAUACUCACGAGAUUCAACGUUCAAAAGGUUUCCUCGUCUCCAUUCUGCAUUGACACUUGCCCCUUUUCUUUCUCUCUCUCUCUCUCUCUAUCUCUAUCUGUCUUUCCCUUUUUCAUUUUCCAUCUUUUUAAAUCUAUGAUCUAUGGACCCUUAAUUUUUUGCAGUAAAGUUAGACAUCUUUUUUAGAUUCAUAGCCUCAUUCUUCUCAACACAACCAAAAUUCACAGCUACCAUUGCUCAAAACAAAAACAAAAAACAGAACAAAGGGUGUUGAGGUCUUCGAUUUUGCAACACAGAGACACAUCCAAUUGGCCAAAACUCACCGACCCAAUUGAAGAACCAUUCCAAAGUUUGCAUCUUUGGGUCUUUUCAUUCGCAAGAAGCUCAAAAUCUUAAAAGGGUAUGGGUGGAACGAGAAAAAAUCAUUAACAAAGUGAUAGAAACAGAGCAUGAGAGAGAACAACGUUGUGCUCGCGCAGGAGCAAGAGAAUUACGGAUCGGGGCUUUUUCGUCAUUUCAAGGACGAAAUCUUGAGGCCAUUCAUGAAAUCGUUGUCGAGAUCCACCGUGGUCCUAGUCUUCCCCGUCGUCCUCAUCGUCGGCGCGUUGGUCUACACGCGCAUGCUGGACACACAUCCGAUUAUUUCUGGAGCUUCAUCUACCAAAUCAACACUAUCCACCAAAACAUAUGGCAUUCGACCAAACGAACUCUUGAAGCAAAUAGAGAUCCCAUUGAACUGCAAUGCACACAAUCUCACAGGAAAAUGUCCCACCAACAAAUAUCCAACAUUCUCAGAUCAAGACCGUUUACAAAGUGCCACGUGUCCAGAAUUCUUCCGUUGGAUCCACGAGGACUUGAGGCCAUGGAGCCACAAGGGCAUAACAAGAGAGAUGGUAGAGAAGGCAAAAGCAACUGCUAAUUUCAAGUUAGUAAUUUUGAAGGGUAAAGCUUAUUUAGAGACAUAUGAAAAAGCUUUUCAAACGAGGGAUGUUUUCACGUUGUGGGGGAUUCUACAAUUAUUAAGGAAGUAUCCUGGAAUGGUGCCUGAUUUAGAGCUCAUGUUUGAUUGUGUUGAUUGGCCUGUAGUUUCAGCAGAUGGGUCUAAUGCUGAGGUUCCACCACCUCUCUUUCGUUAUUGUGGCAAUGAUGCUACCUUAGAUAUUGUCUUCCCUGAUUGGUCCUUCUGGGGAUGGCCUGAGGUAAAUGUAAAGCCAUGGGAGAUUUUGUUGGGAGAGUUGAAAGAGGGUACUGCGAGGAUACCAUGGCUGAACAGAGAGCCUUAUGCUUACUGGAAGGGUAAUCCUGCUGUUGCUGAAACAAGACAAGAUCUCAUGAAAUGCAAUGUUUCUGACACACAAGAUUGGAAUGCUCGUUUAUAUGCCCAGGAUUGGGGACGAGAAUCACAAGAGGGGUACAAGAAAUCAGACUUGGCAAGCCAAUGCACUCAUAGAUACAAGGUGUACAUUGAAGGUUCUGCUUGGUCAGUCAGUGAAAAGUACAUUUUGGCAUGCGAUUCUGUGACUUUAUUAGUGAAACCCCAUUACCAUGAUUUUUUCACAAGAGGAUUAAUUCCAGUGCACCACUAUUGGCCCAUUAAGGAAGAUGACAAGUGCAAGUCCAUUAAGUUUGCUGUGGAUUGGGGAAACAGUCACAACCAAAGGGCACAUAGUAUUGGGAAGGCAGCAAGUAAUUUCAUUCAAGAAGAGUUAAAGAUGGAUUAUGUGUAUGACUACAUGUUUCAUCUCCUAAAUUCUUAUGCCAAACUCUUUACAUACAAACCCUCUAUUAGUGCUAAUGCUACUGAACUAUGUGUGGAGUCAAUGGUUUGUGGAGCAGAAGGGGUAGAAAAGAAGUUUAUGAUGGAAUCAUUGGUGAAGGGUCCUUCAAACACCAAUCCCUGCUCCAUGCCUCCUCCUUAUGACCCUCCAUCUUUGCUUGCUCAAUUAAAGAGAAAAGAAGUUUCAAUUCAACAAGUUGAGUCAUGGGAGAAAAGUUUCUGGGAGAGGCAAAAUACGAAAUCUUAAUGUAUAUUUUUCCCUUAUUCAAAUGAGUCAAUCAUGGAUUAUUUUAGACCCCAUCCACACACAUAUAUAUGUAGGGUUCUUUUUGGGAGAUAAAUAGAUUACACCCUUAUCUCAUAGUUGGCUAAAUAAACUGUAUCAUUUUUUUAUGAAUUAUGGAUUUUAGACUCUACGAGAAAAAAUAUUUGUUCUGUUAAUUUUACAAUGUUGAAGCUUGUUACCUU